GGACCCCGUGUUUUGAACUACUUGCAUCAUGAUUCCACGUCAGGUAUUUCGUUCCAUAUAUACGAAUUACUUAGUCUGUUAUUCUGCGAAGAAAACAUUAUUGUCCAAAUUACGCAAGAAGACUGGGUAUACGUUUGUGAACUGUAAGAAGGCAUUAGAACUACAUGAUAAUGACAUAGAAAAAGCUGAAGUAUGGUUACAUGAACAGGCACAGUCCCAAGGUUGGACCCAAGCAGCUAAACUACAAUCUAGAAUAACAUCUCAGGGAUUAAUAGCUAUAGUAACUAAUAAUAAUUAUGGAGCACUUGCAGAGAUAAAUUGCGAAACAGACUUUGUUGCAAGAAACAAAAGAUUUCAUGAUUUAGCCGAAAUUGUACUGUCAACUGUGUUACAACAUGGAAUGACAUUCAAAGAAACUGCACCUGUCAAUAAAACCAUGCUAUUCCCAGAGUCUUUAAACUCUUUGGUUGCCAAUGAUGGCAAGAGUUUAAUAGACCAUUGUGCUUUAACUAUCGGAACUGUUGGGGAAAACAUUAAUAUACGACGUGCGUUGUGCAUGAGUGUACAACCAGGAGUGCAUCUAUAUGGUUGUACUCACCCCUCGCCUGUAAAUCCAGUGCCAACAUCUUUUGGACGAUAUGGUGCAUUAGUGGCUUUAAAAUCUAAAGAAAGAACUCCAGUUUUAGGAAUGCAACUUUGCCAACACAUUAUUGGUAUGAAUCCAGUCAAAAUUGGAGAUCUAAGUGUUGAUGAGCCAAACGACGACGUGGACGAAGAAUCUGUUAUGUUAUACCAAGAUUUUUUACUUGAUUCUUCGAUGUCUGUGCAACAAUUGUUGCAAGCUGAGGAGACGGAAGUUAUAGAUUUCGCACGUUUCGAAAUGGGUGAAAUACUUGAAUCGGAGACAGAAAAACAGCCAUUGGAUUCUGUAGAAACUUGUGGUUAACAUGUAGAAUGAUCUCGAGUUGACGCAUGUAAAUUGUACAAGAAUUUCAUGAUGUAACAAUUUGUUUCAUGUUUGGAUGAAACAUACAAUUGUUUCGGCAAAGAACGUAAAAGAUUUUUUAAUCGUUUAUUACUUACCUUAUUACAGAUUAAGCACAACUCGUUAUAAAUAAAUUGGAAAAGUAUGUAAUAGGAAGUGUUAAGGUCUCUUAAUAAUAGACGUUACUUAUUGUCUAAUCCAGUGUACAUGCAUACAAAAAUAAAACGUAUUUAAAAUGA